CUUUUUUACUCCUUCCACCCUCUGUCUAGAAGACAACUAUCUGCAACGGGUCUACUUCUCGAGUCCCGAUCGAGGCUUGGUCUUUCUCUCUCUACUUCUCUUCCUCUCUCAAAACUUCACAUUCUUGAAGCGCUUUUUCCUCCUCCUUUGCGUGAAACGCUACAGGAAGAAACCUCAGCUGCUACAGUGAUUCUAGCACGAAUUUGCCCUCGCUUCUCCGGCAAGCUUCCAAUUCCUUAUACUCCCAUCCUGUCGAUUCUUCCAAUCGUCAAAACGUCCUCCGAUCACGCGGUCUAUCCAUUUCCGGCAGCUAUGGGAGUGAUUCAGAUCUUUGAGUACGUAUAUACAUAGAAUAAGUACGGAUAUAUAGAGAAGUGUGUAUGUGUUUGUGAGAGGUAUGGAUUUGGUUGAAGAAGUCGGGGAGAGCUCGUCGCCGCCUCGGAGUUCCGGUAGUUUCGGAGGGUACGAUAUAAGGACCGAUGAGUAUAAUCGGUUGGUGGAGACUGGGAACGAAGAGGCCAUGUCCAAGCCUGAGUUUCGCGAGCUCCUGGAUGCUCACUUCAAUCGGUUACCUGCUAGUAAUGCAGGAACCUCUUAUCUUGUGGCACAAGUGUUUUUUGAUUGUAUGCCCUUUCAUUGGUUCAGUUAUAGAUUGGAUAUUAACAUGGAUAAAGUGGAAGAUGUGUUGUUGCAUCGAAAGCUUCUUUCUUUGGCGAAGGACCCAGAUAAGAGACCAGUUUACCAUAUCCGUUUCUUGGAGAAUUUGUGGGCAAAGACAGAUGGGAAUUAUGAGCAACAAGGUGUAAAUGAUCCUUCCACCUCCAGGCAAUAUUGCAAUGCUGACUGUGAUGGAGUUGUGCAAUCUCAUAACAGAAGCAGGGAUUAUGAAAGUGAUUUUGAACCCUGCUCUAAGCUCGAGGACCUAAAUUUGGAUGUUAGAAAGAAUUCAAAUGAAAUAGAGAGAAGAUUUCUCAAAGAGAACUUUUCUAGAAGGCAGGAAACUCCAUAUCUUCCAAUUCAUGAAGUAAUAUUUUCCACAGUUGACAAGCCUAAGCUUCUUAGUCAGCUUUCUGCUUUACUGUCCGACAUAGGACUUAACAUCCGCGAAGCACACGUGUUCUCAACAACUGAUGGUUACUCUUUGGAUGUAUUUGUGGUUGAUGGAUGGCCUUUUGAGGAUACAGAGGGAUUAUAUGCGGCAAUGAAGAAAGCUAUUGCCAGAAGUGAGGGCUCAUGGUCUGGGUCUUCACAAAUUCAAACAGCUGUAGAGAAGGCAGUAGAAGCACCAAGAAAAUCUAAUGAUUGGGAAAUAGAUAGAAGAUUACUCAAGAUGGGAGACAGAAUUGCAUCUGGAUCCUGUGGAGACUUGUAUCGAGGAAUUUACCUUGGUCAGGAUGUUGCUGUUAAGGUCCUUAGAUCUGAACAUUUAAGUGAUGCCUUGGAGGAUGAGUUUGCUCAAGAAGUGUCUAUUCUUAGGGAGGUCCAACAUAGAAACGUUGUUCGAUUUGUUGGUGCAUGUACAAAGUCUCCUCAUUUAUGCAUCGUAACAGAGUACAUGCCUAGAGGGAGUCUUUAUGAAUAUUUGCACAAGAAUCGCAUCGUCUUAAAGCUGCCUCAAUUACUUAAGUUUGCAGUUGAUGUUUGCAAAGGGAUGGAGUACUUGCAUCAAAACAACAUAAUUCACCGAGAUCUUAAAACAGCAAAUUUGCUUAUGGAUAAUGACAAUGUUGUUAAGGUAGCAGAUUUUGGUGUUGCUCGGUUCCAAAACCAAGGGGGUGUUAUGACAGCAGAGACAGGGACAUACCGGUGGAUGGCCCCCGAGGUUAUUAAUCAUCAACCAUAUGACCAGAAAGCGGAUGUCUUCAGUUUUGCCAUUGUUCUAUGGGAGCUUGUCACAGCUAAGGUUCCAUAUGAGAACAUGACUCCUUUACAAGCAGCCCUGGGAGUGAGGCAGGGCCUGAGACCAGAGCUUCCAGACGAGACACACCCAAAGCUUCUGGACUUGAUGAGAAAAUGUUGGGAGGCCGUUCCUUGCAAACGACCGUCCUUCUCUGAGAUACGGCUCGAACUCGAGGAGCUGCUACACGAAGUUCUGGUGACCUCUGGUGUAUCAAACGGGAGCUGAACAUAUUUAGAGUUUAUAAUUUCCCCAACGGCAAACAUCAUGCUAUUUAGUGAGAGGCUUUCUUUUCUUCUGUAUUUUUCUUUUGCUUUUUUUGUUUCUCCAUAUAGGUAUAGAGUCAAAAACUGAACACAUGAGAGACACAAUCCAUACUGCUUUUUUUCUUUACAUUAUCACGAAAAAAAGUAGUGUGACGAACUUUAUAUGAUUAUAAUGAUCUUGUGGUUACUUGUUGCAAACAUGUUUGGUUUCUGUUAAAAGUUGUUUGGAGAAAUGAAACUGAAAAUUCUCUUUGAAAAAAGAUUGCAGGAGGACUGUUUUGUGAUGCU